AUGUUAGAAGAAAUAAUCGCUUGUUUUUUGUCAUUGUUUUCUGCCUUAACUUUGGAUGCUCCGCGACUUUCUCGAGAAUUGAACGACAAUACAAGUCCAUCAGAACAACGUACACGCUAUACAUGCGAGGAUAUAAUUCACAGAGAAUACGUCUCGUUUGAAGAAGAUAAUCAACCAUCAGAAACAGAGUAUGUACAACUAGGGUAUGAACUGCGAAGCAAGCCUAGUUAUAUCCAGUCAUUACUCAGAAGUUUGAAGGCGAAUUUUACCAUAACCUUAGCUGUACUGCCUUUGGCACUUAUAGGGAUAGCUCUUAUAUAUUUUGAUUUAAGAACAGUUGAUUUAUGUUCAGAAUGGGAGACUAAAAACACUUUUUCAUUGGAUAUUAUAAGAAUAAGAUUACUCGGCAAAGGAGUUGCGAACUUGAUAUUGUAUCUCUCGUUUCCCCUGACUUUGAUUGUUUUAUUUGGUUGGAAAGAAUUUAAACGCGAUUAUUCUUCAACUUGA